AUGCUAAUUUUGAGAGAAAAAGACGUCCAGGAAGUCCUGAAAGGGCUAGAUCCAAAGAAAAUUAAAGAGUUUCAAACAGAGUUAGCCUCUAGCUUAGCUGACUACAAUAAGAACCCAAGUUUGAUUCCACAAAGGAUCGUCGCAUCAACAGACAAUGCAGUUCAUCUCUUUAUGCCUUCUUUAGGUAGAAAUAUAGGGCUAAAAGCACUGACUGGCUCAUCUCGUGGCUUCAAAGGGAUAGUAACACUCUUGGAUGGAGAAGAUGGUACUCCAAUUGGUAUUUUGAACGCUUCAACACUCACAGCGUUUAGAACAGCUUUGGCUACGACUUUAGCUCUUUCCAAAACAUUUCAAACUGAGGAUGACUUAGAUAGACUAGUGUUAGCCGUGUUUGGUUCUGGACCUCAGGCUUUUUGGCAUGUAAAACUAGCAUUGAUUCUCUAUCCGUCAAUUAAAACUGUUAUCGUCGUGAAUAGAUCUCAAGAGACUGGGACCAAGCUUGUGAGUGACCUUAAAGCAGAAUUUCAAACAGUGGAUUAUGAGUUACAUCUCUUGAAUGAACCUGAAGUUGUUUCAAAGGCAGUUUAUAGAUCUUCCAUCAUCUUUGGUUGCAUCCCAUCCAGCGAACCUGCUGUCAAGUUGAAGGAUCUCGAUAUGACCUCCAAGACUUUCAUUGGUCUAAUUGGCAGUUAUAAACCUCAUAUGAAAGAGGUUGAUGACAAGACUAUUGAUUUUCUUGUCAGCUCAAACUCCAAGAUCUUGGUUGAUUCGUAUGAACAUACCAAGCUUGAAGCAGGUGAACUGCAAAGUGUUGACACAAAGCAUCUAAUCGAAUUAGGAGAAAUAUGGGAAAAUGAUAAGUUUAACAUUGAGUCGGUCAACAAUACCCCAGUUGUACUGAGCAAAAUUGUGGGACUUAGUAUCAUGGAUGUCUGUGUUGGAGCAGAUAUUCUUAGCCGGGCUCGUAAGCUUCGCAUUGGAAUAAAUAUUGACGACUUUUAA